UCCACCUUAGCUUAGUCUUACCAGAGUCAGAGGAUCUUUAACCAGCAGCAUUCAGCAACUUAUACUGCAGACCCGCACCAUGAGAGACAACAACUGUAAAGAACGCAUAGACAAAAUCAUGCAAGAGGCUCCAGCUGCAAGAAAAGCACUUCUAGACAACCACAGCAAUCUGCACAAGGUGGCUGAUUACUGCCAGAACAAAAACCUCAAUGUGCAGGACUCUGGAAGUGUCAUUGAAGAGUCUAAAGCUCUCACCACACAGGCUCUGGCCAGUGUCACAUACCAGAUAACCUCUCUGGCCACAUCUAUGCUGAAGCUCUUAGAUGCUCAAAUGGUUCAGCUAAAGCAGGUGGAGUUCUCCGUCAACUUGCUGACUCUGACAGUUGGCAUGUACAAGGAGAAAAUAUCCCGGAAAGAGAUUGGAGUGCUGACCAAACAGUCAAAAGUUGCCUGGACUCAGAAGAUGGUUCUCCCAGCAAGUGGCCUGGAGCCGAUUCGUGCGUAUAGACGGGUUCCCAUAUCCUACACCCGCUUAGACAAACUGGGCCACGGUCACUGGGAAGGCAGAAAAACUGAAGAGCCAAAAACAGACAAUGAGGAGUCUGUGUCGGUACAACCUGGCACACAGGAGCCCAGCACCUUCAACUGGUCUUUUUUGGGUAUAGCAGUUCCUCCUCCAUCAGUGCCUGGUUGUGUGGGUUCUAGCGUCUCAGCUCCUCCUGAUCUCUCUCCAGCUUCACCGCCUCCUUCACUCACGUCUGACCGUUCCCCUUCUCUACCUGCCUAUCCCGACCUGUCCAUGGUGCCUCCUCCACCUCUCCCAGAUGAUGAGAUGGGAGAUGUUCCUCAUCCACCGAGUUCUGUGUAUGGAGGUUCUUGGGUUCCCACUCCACCUCCUCCACCUGGCCAAAAUACCUCAUUGACUUCAGCAAUCUCUCCACCUCCUCCUCCACCUUUCACAGAUGAUGAGAUGGGAGAUGUUCCACCUCCCUCUCCUCCUCCACCGAGUUCUGUGUAUGGAGGUUCUUGGGUUCCCCCUCCACCUCCUCCACCUGGCCAAAAUACCUCAUUAACUUCAGCAAACUCUCCACCUCCUCCUCCACCUUUCACAGAUGAUGAGAUGGGAGAUGUUCCACCUCCCUCUCCUCCUCCACCGAGUUCUGUGUAUGGAGGUUCUUGGGUUCCCACUCCACCUCCUCCGCCUGGCCAAAAUACCUCAUUAACUUCAGCAAAAAGCUCUGCCUGCAGUGGGUCUCCACAAAAUGCCUCCAUAGUGCCACCGCCACCUCCUCCUAAUACUGGAGGUAAAUUUAUUCCACCACCUCCUCCUCCACCUCCCCCAUUUUGAAUGUUCAUAUUCAUUGUUAUUUUUAUGGAAAAGACUAUAUGAUUUUUGAUGAAAUUAUAUAUAUUUUUAAUGCUUUUUCAUUAAAUAAUAUGAAUUUCUUUCUUAUUAAUGUUUAUGGUAUGAAACAUUAAUGACAAUAAUGUUUUGUAUAAAGCAUAAU